AUGAAUAGGGGAACCUAUGGGCAGUGUAGAUUAAUUUCAAAAAAAUACCUCGAAUUUGGUGGGGUAAUAAAUAAUUCCACGAUAACAAUGUCAACAUACAGAAUUCGAAAGGCAUAUUUCAGCAAUGCUUUGAACAUAUCAAAUUUAUUAAAAAAAAAAGGAAUACUUUUUGAAAAUGUAAAAAGAGAACACUGCAAAAAGGAUUUAAUUUUGAACUAUUUUAAUAUAAAAGGUUUCAAAAUAAAAGACGAUGAUAUACAUAUAAUGACAAAUAUUUUAUGUAGACCAACAGGACGAAUAAUGGUUUUAAUAGAUGAUAUGAAAAAACAAAACUUUAAUUUCAAUUUUGAUACGACAAAAAAUAAGGAAUCAAAUACAUCACUUAGCCAUAAGGAAGAAAAUCUAAUGUGUGAUGAUAAUAAUUAUGGUAAUGAUUCAAACCUAAUAGUAGAGAAUAAUAAUUUGCCUCCAAACGAAGAUCAUAUUAACAUAGAUAAUAAUGAUAGACAAACUGGGGAUCAAAAUGAAGUCAUUGAAACUAAAUACACAGGCUCAAUUGAUGAAGAUGCAUCUAAAAAAAAAGUGUCAUACAGUUUAAAUGAAAAAAAUAUAUUCAGUAAUUGCAAAUUUCAUAUAUGUGAUGAUUAUGAAAUUGAAAAGUUUGUAGAAGAAUGUGAACGAUUUAUAAGAUUUACAGAAGAUAUAAAAAGAAUAUCAAGUUUUGAAAAUUUAAAUAAAAUUGUUACAAUAGUUAAUAUUCCUUCUUGUUAUGGACGAAAAGAAUUAUCACAAGUUAUUUAUGACUGUGCAAAGAUAAAAGUCAAGUUAAAUAAUAUUAUUUUUAGAUUUAAAAAAAAUGGUAUACAAAGCGAUUGCGCUUAUAUAUUAUGUAAUACUGCAAAUGAUGCUAAUAUACUUCUUAAUAAAAUGCAAGAAUAUCCAAUUGCCAAAAAAUAUCAUUUAAAAGAAUUUUAUGGUGCAGCUUUUUUAUAUGCAUCAAAAAGUAAUCUAUUUGUUAGUUCAGAUAAAUUAGAUUAUAUUACCAUGUUCUCAAAAUAUAAAAUAUUUACUUGUGGAUGGCAUAGGGAUAUAUCGAUAAAAGAAUUCGAAAGCUUUUUAAUUACUCUAAAAAUUUUUCCCAAAAAAAUAAUCAAAAUUAAUUAUAAUCAUGCUAAGAAAAUAGACGGGAAAAAUCUUAAUCAAUCUCAAGAAACACAUCAGCAAAACGACAAUAAAAACAAUAUCAUUGGUGAAAACAGUAUGGAAGAAGAUAGUAAUAAAAUGGAACUCGUCCAAACGAAUGAUAAUCAUAUUUUAAUAAAUAUUGAUGAGUGUCCAUCUACCCUCACUAAUGAUUGCAUUUUACCAAAUCAAGAGAGUGAAACCAAUACAUCCUCUUUUAUUUUAUUUUUUGAAAAUAUGAGAAUGACCAAAAAGGUUUUUACAAAAUUAGAGAGGCUAAAAAAAAAAUGGAAAAUGUCACCCACGAGUAACUUUUACGCCUAUCCAAAAAUUCCCGAUAUUCAUUUUGAUGAUGAAGAAGAAUAUAGGGAUGAAAAUGAAUAUGAAGAUUCAGAUUUAGAUGAGGAAAUAGAAUAUUAG